UUCGAUGCAGUGCCCUUCCGCGAAAAUAACUGCAUGCAGUUGUGUAACAGACUAUUUGCCCAUAAAGAUUGGCGCGAGGGCGAAAAAUAAAUCCACGCUUAUUUAUUUCGGCCACUUCAGGAAAACCGUGGUUAACCAACAGAACAGUGGGGCACAGCGAAUUAUAAACUGUCAGUUUCAGGGAAAAUUGGCAUUGGGAUAUGCGGCGGUGUGUGCUUACAUAGUUGUUUUAUAUAGGCUAUAUAAAGAGUUAUUUCAGAAUAUUAGACGAAGUGGCAGCUUCUCGGCAGGACUCAAAAUGACAGUGCAUGACGGUCGAGGCAGCUCAUUAUCCGGCUCCCAUUAUCCGGCGGCCUUUCACUCAGAUGCAAACUCUUUGGCAGUGUCGUUUGUCUCCUCAUUGUACUUUAGUUAGGAAUGAAAUGGUUGUCAGGACUCUUAUUCACUUCCAAGAUAGUUUAUUGAUGAGCUCUGACUUUUAGCACUUUUCACAUGUCAAGAGAAGUCAAGUGUAUGCACCCACGGCUUCGUUGCAUGCUUCGCGCGUUCCGAUACUGUUUCCCCUUUUGGCCCCCCUUUGCUACUCUUUUCCCCCGCGUUUCACGUUCCGCCGACCCACUCUGCUCCACUCAAAUAAAUGACUGGAACACCCUGAGCUGAAACUGGUGUUCCAAGUGUAACUUCAAAUGCAGGCGCUGAGGGGUUGCUUUGGUGUGUACUGAGGUGUGCGUUAAUGGUUAGGCAUUCAACAAAUGUAGUUCUGGUGUGUGGUCAUGGUUACGAAGUCGUCCGCUUACUUUCCGCGCUGUUUUCCGGCAGCCUCGGCAGUGACGCCGGCAACUUCUUCGAAAUUAUCAAUUAAAAUUAAGCGAGCAUGCUUUCAACUGGAAACCGCGGAUUAGGCGGGGUCGCCUCUACAGCAAAACUGCUCCGUCGAAAUGGUGAACCCGCUCUUUAUGCAUGAUAUCUGACACAAAAUAAACAAAGGCGCGUGGGGAAAGCUGUGAUUGUUUUAGUAAGUACACUUAAAGGCUAUUAACACGUGCACUUAAUACACAGAGUAAAUAUAGUUUUUAUCGACACCUUUGAAUGGCCUGCUUUUCUUUUGCCUCCACUUUACAGAUCUCCCCACACAAGAGGUCUAGAUAAUAGCACCAACUGAAACUAUUUACACUGGCAAACUCAACAGAGACACGAAACACACAAAUGCUCAAGUUAAAAGAACUAAAAAAGUAAAUAAUGCUGCAACGCAGAAAACUAAGAAAAGUCCCGUUUCACACUACAGCUAUUUACAAAAUAAUAUUCUAUAUAACAAAAGAAGACAAUACUGUAAAUAUUUUCCCAUAGAAAACACAUUCCAAACUCGCAAGGAUUACACAGCGGUAAAGAUUUAAACUGUAAACGUAGCUCACGGUUGCUGCCCGAGUUUGGUAUACAACGUGUUCUCCCCCUUUCCACGCGUAACUCCAGUUUUAGCAGUGAAGCGUUUCUGCGUUCCCACAACCGAGCCAAUUGAGCCAGUGAGAAAGGCCUAGCCGUCCAAUAGGCAGCGCUGAGGCAAUCCAAUUGCUUUGCAUAAGGCAAUAUUUAGUGUGUGCGCGAGAGAAGUGCAUUUGCAUGUGUGGAGUGAUUAGCGGGUUUGAAAAGAGAGCUCUGGCUCAGCCUCGUUUCCCGCUCUGGCAGAGGCGCAGGAGGAAGUGUUUUGCUGGAAGAUGAUGACAGAGGUCAGGCUCUGCUAAUGGGCCAGUGAAGAGCAGUGGAGGCGAGGCACAGACCGGGAACACAUACAUUAAUACACUUGUACCAUCACCAAUCAGCAUAGGGACUUCCAGUUCUACUCAAGAUCACUGGGAAAAAAAACUAUUUUACUUCAAACUCUUGCGAGCGAAUCUACUGCAUUUGUGUUGCGCUGAAAACUAUCGACUGGGGCUUUGGACAGCGGCGCAAGAUGCCACAGAAAGAAUACUAUAACCGAACCACGUGGGAAUCUGACGUAGCCUCCAUGAUGCAGAACAAGGUGUAUGACAUCUGUAACGAAGGUCACAGUGGUGUGAAUCAGCUUGGCGGAGUGUUUGUCAACGGCAGACCACUGCCGGAUUCUACGAGACAGAAAAUAGUUGAGCUUGCUCACAGUGGCGCGCGACCGUGCGAUAUCUCCCGGAUUCUGCAGACCCAUGCUGAUGCAAAAGUCCAAGUGCUGGACAAUGAAAACGUGUCUAAUGGGUGCGUGAGUAAAAUCCUGGGCAGAUACUAUGAAACUGGUUCGAUCAGACCCAGAGCUAUCGGGGGUAGCAAACCAAGAGUAGCGACACCCGAAGUGGUCGGCAAAAUUGCCCAGUACAAGAGGGAGUGCCCUUCAAUCUUCGCCUGGGAAAUUAGAGACCGGCUGCUAUCAGAGGGGGUCUGUACCAACGACAACAUACCGAGUGUGUCGUCGAUAAACAGAGUCCUCCGCAACCUGGCUAGCGAAAAGCAACAGAUGGGUGCAGAUGGCAUGUAUGACAAGCUGAGAAUGCUGAACGGUCAGACAGGGACUUGGGGGACCCGGCCGGGCUGGUACCCCGGCACCUCGGUGCCAGGCCAACCAAACCAAGAUGGGUGCCAACAACAGGAGGGGGGCGGUGAAAACACGAACUCCAUCAGUUCUAAUGGGGAAGACUCGGACGAGACCCAAAUGAGGCUUCAGCUGAAAAGAAAGUUGCAAAGGAACCGCACGUCGUUUACUCAAGAGCAAAUAGAAGCUUUAGAAAAAGAAUUUGAAAGAACUCAUUAUCCAGACGUUUUCGCAAGGGAAAGACUCGCAGCAAAAAUAGACCUUCCAGAAGCCAGAAUACAGGUGUGGUUUUCAAACAGAAGAGCGAAGUGGAGGAGAGAGGAGAAACUGCGGAAUCAGCGAAGGCAAGCCAGUAACUCCUCCAGCCACAUCCCCAUAAGCAGCAGCUUUAGCACCAGUGUUUACCAGCCCAUACCGCAGCCUACAACGCCGGUGUCCUUCACAUCAGGGUCCAUGUUGGGUCGAUCAGACACUGCCCUCACAAACACAUACAGCGGCCUGCCACCCAUGCCGAGCUUCACCAUGGCCAACAACCUGCCUAUGCAACCCCCAGUGCCCAGCCAGACAUCCUCCUAUUCCUGCAUGCUGCCCACCAGUCCUUCAGUCAACGGGCGGAGCUACGACACGUACACGCCCCCUCAUAUGCAGGCACAUAUGAACAGCCAAUCAAUGGCCGCUUCUGGUACCACCUCAACAGGUCUCAUCUCCCCUGGAGUAUCUGUCCCUGUCCAAGUUCCAGGCAGCGAACCGGACAUGUCUCAAUACUGGCCAAGACUACAGUAAAGAGAAGAGCUACUUCACCUUGUGACUAUUGACACUGACAUUUGGGUGUCCGGCAGUAUUUUACAAACAAACAAAACAAAAAAAAAAAGAAAGAAAGAAAGAAAAAAAGGAAGAGACUCUCAAAGAGACUUUUUUUGUACUGGGAUUGUUGUGCCCUGUGCUAUAAUUCUUGGCACACAAAGACUACGAUGAAAAAAUAAUAAAAUGAAAAAAAUGAAGUUCUGUUAAAGUGCCAGGUGUUAUAUCCUAAGUGGAACAAAACUUAUCUUCGUUUUCAGUUUCCGACUCGAGUCGUUUUUGGUGUAUUUGUAUAUGGCCAUUUGUAUGUUACGAUGAAAACAAGAACAACUUUGGACGGACUGUCAAGCUGAGUUGAGUCUUGAAUCUGUUCGAAAAAAAAAGGAGAACCUAUGAGAUUUUGCCAUUAAUAGCUUUUUAUCAACUUAUAUCUUGACCUUCAACCAGUCUUUGUACAGAUUGCGGAUUAUGAUGAAGCAAGCUCGUAUCAUUCCAAUGCAGACCAGGAAGAAGAGACACUAGCCGUGUGUAAAGGCCCCUAAUCUGCUGGGGACGCGCCCCACCCCCAAAGUAUGUUGGCAGAUAAAGUGUGUGUCGGAAGCGGUAACUGCUUAAAAGGAAGUGGAAAAAAAACCUUUGGUAGCUAAAGAGUAGAUUGUGUCUUCGAUAUAAUGUCGAAAUGUAAGUAUUUGUCUUCCCUAGAAAUCUCCCAGAAUGAUUUCUAUAAUAAAGUUAAGUUCAUUUAUA